CGUAGUUUUUACUGGAGAAGCAGCUUUUGCUUGCCAUAUGCAACCAACGAGGUGUAAGAACCGGGUCAGUGUGUAAUAUCUGAGCGUGAGACACCGAUAUCAUGGGGAAGAAACAGAAGAGCAAGGGAGAGGAUAGCACCAAGGAUGACGUUGAUCUUGAUGCUCUAGCUGCAGAGAUAGAAGGUGCUGGUGGUGCUGCAAAAGAUCAAAAGGCAAAAGGAAAAAAGAAAAAAGACAAGAAGAAGCAAGAUUUUGAUGAAGAGGAUAUAUUGAAGGAACUUGAAGAACUGUCCUUAGAAACAGGAGGUGGGAAAGCUGAAAAAGACAGCUCUGCCAAGAAACCAGAGGCAGAAGUUGAAGAGCCUUUACCCACCAAGCAGGAGAAAAAAAAGAAAGGUCAAAAGGGCAGGAAAAACAACUUGGAUGAUGAUGAAAACAAUAGUGAUGAAAUGGAAAACACAAAUGCAAAAUCAAGAAAAGGGGAAAAAACAAAAGAUGCAGAGAUGUCUGAGAGUGACGAUAAUGAUAAUUUUAAUACGUCUUCUAAAAAAACAAAGGUCAAGAAUCAGGCAGCAACUAAAAAACCUGCAGCCACUGAAGAAACUAAAGAUCGUAAUAAAGAGGAGAAAGAUUUCUCCGGAGACAGUGAUGAUUCCGAUGACUUUAGCCAAAAUAAGAAAGGACAGAAAAAAACUCCAAAAGCCAAAGUGGUUGCUAAAGUUGAAAGUGAGGAAGAAGAGGGAGAGUUUAAAAUAAAGACAGCUGCUCAAAAGAAGGCUGAAAAGAAGGAGCGAGAGAAGAAAAAAAAAGAAGAGGAAAAGGCAAAACAGAAGAAGCAGAAAGAAAAGGAAGAACCUGGAGGAGCUAAAAAAGAGCCAGUUGAAUCGGAGAAAAAAGAGACAAAGGCUGUACUGGAUCCAGAAAGUAUUGCCGCUGCAGCAGAUUUGGAAGAUGAUGAUGAUUUUGAUAAAAAGAAAAAAGAUAAAAAAAAGAAGAAAGUGGAAAAGGAUGACAAAGAGAAGAAAAAGGGGCCUAGUAAAGCUACUGUGAAAGCUAUGCAGGAAGCUUUGGCUAAAAUGAAGGAGGAGGAGGAACGGUUGAAAAGGGAAGAAGAGGAGCGAUUACGAAGAUUGGAAGAGCUGGAAGCUAAGCGCUUGGAAGAGGAAAAACUAGAACAAGAACGAAAAGAGAGGCGGAAACAGAAGGAAAAGGAAAGAAAAGAGCGUUUGAAGAAAGAAGGGAAGCUGUUGACCAAAGCUCAGCGAGAAGCCAGAGCACGAGCAGAAGCUACACUUAAGGUCCUCCAAGCUCAGGGUGUUGAAGUGCCAUCUAAAGAUUCUGUGCCAAAGAAAAAGCCAAUUUAUGAAGACAAAAAGAAAAAGAAGGCACCGCAAAAGGAAGUCCAGAAUAAGGAAGAGCCAAUAGAAGUGAGUUCUCCAAUUGAAGAUAUGCCAGUGUCUCCAGUACCAGAAAAAGAAGCUUCUGCCACCACAGUGGAACAAACAGCUAAAGAAGAAGAAGCUGGUGUGGAUGACUGGGAAGCUAUUAUCAGCGACGAAGAAGAGAAAAAGGAACCAAAACCAGUCCGCAUUGAAGUUCAAGAAAAAGAUGAGGAGGAGGAAGAUGAGGAGGAGGAAGAUGAAGAUGAGGAGGAUGAGGGGGAGAGUGAGGAUGAGGAAGAUGAUGGAGAUAGUGAGGGCAGUGAUGAUGGCGAUGAAAAGUCUCCAGUAAAGCCAGCAGAUUCCCAAUCUGUUGGGUCCAAACCUCCUGAGAAAAAGCCCAGCAAAGAGCUAAGCUCUGAAUCAGAGUCUGACUCUGAUGAUGACCGCACUAAAGAGGAACGAGCUUACGACAAAGCAAAGAAGAGAAUAGAGAAACGGCGGUCGGAAAACCAGAAGUUUAUCAAUCUACAGGUUCUUCGUUCCCCUGUUAUAUGUGUACUUGGACAUGUAGAUACUGGAAAAACCAAAAUCCUAGACAAGCUCCGUCAUACACAUGUACAAGAUGGUGAAGCUGGUGGUAUCACACAACAGAUUGGAGCAACCAAUGUACCUCUCGAUGCAGUUAAGGAGCAGACUAAAAUGAUAAGAAAUUUUGAAAAGGAAAACAUAAAGAUUCCCGGAAUGUUGAUUAUUGACACUCCAGGCCAUGAGUCUUUCAGUAACUUGAGGAACAGAGGAAGCUCACUUUGUGAUAUUGCCAUUCUCGUAGUGGACAUCAUGCAUGGUUUGGAACCACAAACUAUUGAAUCCUUAAACUUAUUGAAGAAUAAAAAGUGUCCUUUUAUUGUGGCACUUAACAAAAUUGACAGGUUAUAUGAUUGGAAGAAGAGCCCAGAGACUGAUGUAGCGGCCACAUUAAAGAAACAAAAGAAGAAUACUAAAGAUGAGUUUGAGGAACGCACCAAGGCCAUCAUUGUAGAAUUUGCCCAGCAGGGCUUGAAUGCUGCUUUAUUCCAUGAGAAUAAGGACCCUCGUACAUUUGUGUCUCUUGUUCCAACUUCUGCUCAUACAGGAGAUGGCAUGGGUAAUCUGAUAGCUCUUCUUGUCGAGCUGACCCAGACAAUGCUAAAUAAAAGGUUAGCUCAUUCUGAUGAGCUAAGGGCCCAGGUUAUGGAGGUAAAAGCCCUUCCAGGCAUGGGUACUACAAUUGAUGUAAUCUUGAUCAAUGGGCGUCUGAGGGAAGGUGAUACUGUUCUAGUUGCAGGUGUGGAAGGUCCAAUUGUAACACAGAUCAGAGGCCUUUUGCUACCACCACCAAUGAAAGAAUUAAGAGUAAAGAAUCAAUAUGAAAAACACAAAGAAGUAUUAGCAGCACAGGGUGUGAAGAUCCUUGGAAAGGACUUAGAGAAAGCUCUAGCUGGUUUGCCACUUCUCGUUGCUCACAAAGAAGAUGAAAUCCCUGUCCUUAGAGAUGAAUUAAUUCAUGAAUUAAAGCAAACACUGAAUGCUAUCAAAUUAGAAGAGAAGGGCGUUUAUGUACAAGCUUCGACAUUGGGCUCCUUGGAGGCUUUACUUGAAUUCUUGAAAACCUCAGAAGUGCCAUAUGCUGGAAUAAACAUAGGUCCUGUUCACAGAAAAGAUGUAAUGAAAGCGUCAGUGAUGUUGGAACAUGAUCCUCAGUAUGCUGUGAUCUUAGCUUUUGACGUAAGAAUUGAACGAGAUGCCCAGGACAUGGCUGAUAGUUUAGGAGUUCGUAUUUUUAGUGCAGAAAUCAUCUACCAUUUAUUUGAUGCCUUUACAAAGUACAGACAGGACUACAAGAAGCAAAAGCAAGAGGAGUUUAAGCAUAUAGCAGUAUUUCCAUGUAAAUUUAGAAUCCUUCCUCAAUUUAUUUUCAAUUCACGGGACCCAAUCGUUAUGGGAGUGAUGAUGGAAGCCGGGCAACUCAAGCAAGGAACACCAAUAUGUGUACCUAGUAAAGGUUUUGUAGAGAUUGGAAUAGUUACCAGCAUAGAAAUUAACCACAAACAAGUGGAUGUGGCAAAGAAAGGCCAGGAAGUGUGCAUUAAAAUAGAACCUAUUCCAGGAGAGUCACCAAAGAUGUAUGGAAGGCACUUUGAAGCUACAGAUAUGCUUGUUAGCAAGAUUAAUCGUCAGUCAAUUGAUGCUUUGAAAAACUGGUUUAGGGAUGAAAUGCAGAAGAGUGACUGGCAGCUCAUAGUAGAACUGAAGAAGGUCUUUGAAAUCAUUUAAUGUGGUUUUUUGGAGACAUAGGCUGGAACUCAUGCCAUGCAAGUGAAUGAAUUUGUUCUUUGUAAUGAAAGAAAGAAAGAUACCAAUGGAAGAGAGAAACUAAGAGACUGGACCCAUGGUGGGAUGAAAAAAAAUACUAUAAAUUGUUUUCCAUGAGAAACCAAGAAAUUUACACUGGUUUGACAGUGCUCAAUUUUACACAUCCCCACAGUCCCAUUGUGCCUGCUCCCCUACUUUCCACAUCACCCUUGUUCUGGCUUCUGUUUUAAAAAAUUGGCCCACCAUUUUAUUACAGAUUUCUUUCAAUUUUAUACUUGUAAGAUCUGCACUGCAGGUUUUGUUGUUCUGCAGGUUAUUAACAUUGGAACCCUUUGACGUAAAAAUAAGAAAUACUCUAUGCAGACGACGUCUGCCUUUACCCCAAUGGUUUUCAAUUAUUACUUUUGCUUGGUGCCUAAAACAUUUUUUUAAAGAAAGAAUGAAGUAUUUAGUAUCUCUCUGUAACUGCUUUGUAUGAAACCAUGAUGUAAAAUGUAUUUGAGCAGCGUUUUAAAGAUUGUACAGUUCAUGACGCCAAGUUACAGUGUAAUCAUUACAUCACAGAGCCAGAAAUAAAGUAAAUGGAUUAUA